CGGAACUCCCAUUCCGGUCCCGGGUCCGGUAGGCGGCUUUGGAUGUUACCGCUUUUCAGUUGUUUGCGGUCGGUCCAAGAGCACUCUUCACUCUUCCCAAAUAGUCGGAGUCUGCGAUCAUGGUGCCGUUUUACGCGUGCUGAGCGAAAUAUAUUCUUCUAUAAUCCUCAUUGAUAUGAUCGAACUUUUUUGAUGAGCCUCAGUUUUUCAUUUUGAAUCAAACAUGGAUGUCAUAUACAACAAAUAUCGGCGUAUUAACCUGCCUAAAAGAACAAGUGAUCUAAUUGCACUGAUGGCAAUUUCAACAACACUCUUUCUAUUCUUGCACACAAGAGAUUUGAACACGAAAUUGAGAGAAAUGGAAGUCAAACUACAACCAGAAGAUGAAAUAUUGAACAAUCACAUAUCAGAUAUGGACAAUCCUCCAGAAGGUGUUAAAGCGAUGAUGAAAUUACUUCAAAGUACAGGAGAGGUAACCACGUUAGAGCCAAAUAGAUUAAACAAUACGAAAAAUGCCCAACAAAAUAUGGUAUUUUUCAAUAGAGUUCCGAAAGUUGGUUCUCAGACUCUAAUGGAGUUGUUACGUAGACUGAGCAUCAAAAACAACUUCGGCUUUCAUCAAGAUGCUGUACAAAGGGUAGAAACAAUAAGACUACCACCAGAGGAUCAAGCAGAUCUCUCUGCUAUCGUAUCAAGCUACGAACCACCAGGAGUCUUCAUAAAACAUGUAGUAUUCACAAAUUUGUCAGAAUAUGGAUAUCCUGAACCGAUAUACAUAAACAUGGUACGAGAUCCAGUGGAAAGGGUUAUAUCCUGGUAUUACUAUGUGCGAGCCCCAUGGUAUUUCGUAGAAAGGAAAAUUAUGUUUCCUGAUCUUCCACUUCCAAAUCCAAAGUGGCUCAAAAAGGAUUUUGAAGAAUGCGUUUUGUCUGGUGACAGAGAAUGCAGGUACGAGGAAGGAGAGUUGAGAGACGUUAGUGAUCACAGAAGGCAAUCCAUGUUCUUUUGUGGUCAUCACAGGGACUGUCUACCCUUCAACUCGCCAGGUGCAUUGGAAAGAGCUAAGAGAGCUGUAGAACAACAUUACGCAGUAGUUGGAGUACUAGAAGAGCUCAAUACAACCUUAACCGUUUUCGAAAAUUAUAUACCAAGGUUUUUCGAGGGGGCAAGCGAUAUAUACUGGAAUGAGAUAAGUGUCUACAAUCCCAUCAACAGAAACUCUUUCAAACCUCCAGUGAGUGAACGAGUUAAAGACAUAGUCAGGCGGAAUUUCACAAGGGAAAUAGAAUUCUUCCAAUUCUGCAAACAGAGACUGAAUAAACAAUACCUCGCACUGAAACUAUAUGAUAAGAAAUGAGAUUCAUGGAAAUUUGUACCAUUGAAAGGUCAAUAGGCUUCUAGUCUAGGCAAGAAUGAAUGACAUCGGCCUUGAAAAAUUGGUGAUAAAAUUAGGUUGGAUAGAUGAAACGAAUUUUUAUCCACGAAAAAGUAUUUACUUCUAAAUGAUGUGAAAAAUAUCUAGAUAAUUCUUGAGGAAGUUCUGUACACCAUUGCUUAUUAAUAAUGAAAUUGUGAUCAUAACUUUGAAAUCAAUUCAUUGCAUUCAUUUUUUUUAUCACUUAUAGUUUCUAAAGAAUUUGAAAAUUAAUAAUCAAUGUUUACUAAUAUAGUUCAAGCUGAAUUUUUUUAUUCAGAAUUUUAUAUUGGGGUUGAGUUUGUAAUAUCCCUUUGAUCUAUAUCAAUAUCUUUCUUCAACGUUUUUACCAAUAUUCUUAUUCUUUCAUUAUAAAUUAACAGGAUAUUCAGCUCUUUCUACUUCGUGUACAUAGAACCAUCUUAUUGCUGAAUAUAAAUUCUUGGGUAAUCUAGAAUUGAAAAUCGAAUUGCUCAAUCAUUCUUGACCGCGACAGAGGUUGCAAGCUAAAGAUGUGUGAUAAUUUGAAGAGGGGUGCAAGGUAUGCAUGAUAUAUUCGUUUAUAAAUUUCUGAAAUGUGAUUUUUAUUGAAGAUAUCUACAAAACUAUAUACAUAGUCAGUAAUGUGGAAAUAAAUUAUUUCAUGUA